AUGGACAUAGAUGGGUACCGGAAAUUUAACUUUGGCAAAGAAAGCAUGAGGGAAAAUCGCACAAUAAUGCUUCUUGGAGCGACCGGAUCAGGAAAGUCUACUCUGAUCAAUGGAAUGAUCAACUACAAUGUUGGUGUGGAGUGGAAGGACUCUUUCAGAUUUCAAUUAGUUGAUGAGGAUCAGUCUAGAUCACAAGCUGAAAGCCAGACCUCUGAAGUCACUGUGUACAAAAUCAACCACCAGGAGGGAUUUAAAAUCCCUUUCUCUCUGACUGUUGUGGACACACCAGGGUUUGGGGAUACAAGAGGAAUAGGGAGAGACCGGGAGAUCACAGAGCAAAUCAGGAGGAUUUUCACCUCCGCUAAUGGAGUUAGUGAGAUUGAUGCAGUGUGUUUUGUGACUCAGGCCUCUCUUGCACGACUAACCGCAACACAGCGGUAUGUGUUUGAUUCGGUGCUCUCCAUAUUUGGCAAAGAUGUGGCAGAGAACAUUGAGAUGCUGGUGACUUUUGCGGAUGGCAAGCAGCCACCGGUUCUUGAGGCAAUUAACAUCGCUCGGGUUCCACGUCCAAAAAACGACAUAGGGCUUCCAGUUCACUUCAAGUUCAACAACUCUGCAGUGUUUGCAGGCAAGAGAAGCAGCAGUGACGGGGACUGCGAUGAGGAUUCUGAUGACAACUUUGACGAAAUGUUUUGGAAGAUGGGUGCCAAAAGCAUGGAGACGUUCUUCACUGCUUUGGAUAAAAUGACAACCAAAAGCCUGGUAAUGACCCAAGAGGUUCUCAAAGAACGGAAGCACCUUGAAACAGCCGUUGAAGGUUUGCAACCGCAAGUUGAAGCUGGAUUAGCAAAACUUGAAGAAAUCAAGUCAACUAAAGAAAAGAUUAAAGACCAUGAAACGGUCAUGACUUCAAAUGAAAACUUUGAGAUUGAGGUGGAGGUUAUUAAGCCAAUCAAAAAAGUACUCACAAAGAAAUGA